AUGUCAAUAUUGAUAGCCGUUAAUUUACUCAACUACAUGGAUAGAUUUACCUUACCAGGAGUUUUAUCUGAUGUGCAAAAAUUCUACGAUGUUAACAAUGCCCAGGCUGGUUUGCUACAAACCGUUUACUUGAUAUUCUUUAUGCUAAUAUCGCCAGUUUGGGGUUUUCUCGGAGAUAGAUAUAAUAGAAAGUAUCUAAUGAUGGGCACUCUGCUCCUUUGGACAUGCACAGUUUUGCUCUCAACUUUCAUUCCGCAGAACGUUGGUUUCAUUUUAUUAUAG